AAUUUUUUUAGUCCUUUAUGAGAAAAUGGUCGUGUUUUAAAAAACAUAUCAAGCACUUAGACUGCAUUUUGGCCAUCACACACGCGUUCUAAAUCAACCGAGUGAUCUAGGUAGCCAGCUCACUAGGUAUUGAGACACCGCCCGUGUCUAUGCAUGGACGACUGUCUGGGCUAACAGGACCCGAUUGAGAUUAUUAACCUUACGCAAUCUAGCAGCACUAUAUGGUCCACAUCCUGGCUUUGGUCAACAUUGGCAGGCAUGCGGAUCAGGCUGCAGGGCUCCGGCCACGCGGCCCGUCUCCUCUCCGAGCUCAACCGCUGCCGCCUGUCUCGCCUCCUCUGUGACAUCAUCCUCCAGGUCGGGGGGCGCUCUUUUCCGGCUCAUCGCGCAGUCUUAGCAUGUUCCUGCACGCACUUCAACAGCCUCUUCUCCAGAUGCUCCAGCAGCCAGGGUGCCGUUCCCACCACCUUCUCUGUGGAUUUCGUCUCGGCCUCCAAUUUCGAGAAGGUGCUGACGUUUAUCUACACGGGGGAGAUUUUCACAGACUUGAUCGAUGUGGGUGUGUUGUAUGAGUUGGCGGAAAGGCUCGGCGUGAGGGAGUUGGUGAACGCUUGCCACGCCACCUUUCCUGACCUACAAAGCUCCAGCUCUGGAAACACCACAGGCGAUGGAGACUUGGAGAGUGAUAUGGUGUCUACUAAUGCGGUGGCUGCAUCCGUUUGCUCGUCUUCCGCAGCGUCCUGCUCUUCCCUGUCGUCUUCAGCCGCUCCAACACCUGUAACUCCAUCUCCAGUUUCCCAGGUCAGAAACGGCAGGUUGAAUCGAUCCCAUCUGGCCGCACAAUCACCAAAAAACGAAGACUUGCAGGUACAUUUGGGUUACAGCCAACAGGAAAUAAACAAGCCAAGCCCGUCAGAUAGUAACCGUUCUGCAGACACCCUUCCAGGCCUCACUUUGCAGCUCAAGCAAGAGGAUGAAGAAGACGAUGAUGAAGAAAAUAGGGGAAGUAACUCAGUAGACCAGGUUGUCAUUAAUGGUAGCAAACCAACAUUUGGGGCUCAGGAAACAUGUUCAGUUCCUGAUUCUUCAGCUCAGGUUGUUGGAGAAACCUGCGCUCCUUCAUCAUCCUCCAUUGACCCGUUGGAUAGUUUGCAACUUAGUGCUGUUGCAGGACCAAUCAAAGAGUCCGAUUUUUUUGAGGAAGAUGAUGCUAGGAAGAGGUCAAGUGUUCAGGAGGAGCAGACGGAGAGUGGUGAUCAAUGGCGAGCUCUUUCUGAGGACAUCAUUGAGCUGAGUGACGAAGAGGAACACUUUAUAGUGGAGGAGGAGGACGACGAGGACUUGAUGUGUAUUGAGAACGGUGAAAAUGGUGCAUCUCUUGGGCAGAUGUCUCCAUCUCUGCCGUGUAAAUCAUGUGGGAUGCUGCUUCCCGCAGAAAAUGGCAUCAUUCGGACUCAUGCGGAGACGCACCUUUCGGAUUCGGGUUCUUGUCAGGUGUGUGGCGCAUCCUUCUCGGACCGUGCCGCUGGUGUUGCACAUGCACUCACUCAUGUGGGCAUCUUGCUCUUCUCGUGUGACGUUUGCGAGCACCAGUUUAGGACUGAGAUGGCGCUGAUUCACCACAGACGUCAGUCAGCAGCCAAAUGUGUCCCGCAAAACCCUGAGCAGAUGAACGGAGCCGCCCAAAGGCAAGGAGGGGAACUGCAGUGCGCCGUCUGUGCUAAAUCCAUAGCCAAUGACUUCAAGGCUGUCAGAGACCACGUCCAGAGCCACGCAUGCUUAAGGACAUUGCGCUGUGGAGUGUGCCAGCUCUCUCAGCCCUCACGUUGCGCCCUCCUGUGGCACACACUCACACACCUCUUUCCUAUUUACACCUGUCCACAAUGCUCCAGCCCCUUCCUAGAGAGCUCUCAGCUGGACCGGCACCUGUCUCUACAUGCGGAGGAAGAAGAAGCUUCAAUGAAACAAGUCGACGGCAGUCCGGAGACCAGCGGAGAAGGCCAGGCCGAGCUGCGAUGCUUUCUGUGCCCACAAACCUUCCGCUCUGAGGCGGCGUUUCAUUACCAUCUCAGCAUGCAUACAAACGAGCUCCAGGGCGGUCAGGUAUGGCCAGGAAAACGCAAGGCAGACCAGCUUCUUGAAUACUCCUCGUCCUCCAGUUCUCCUUUAGAGCCGGGCGGUUCCGGUAAAGGAGGUUUUAAUGUAGGUUUCAACCUACAGGACAAAAUAGCUCCCGGUGGACAUUUCCCAACCGGACUUGUUUUAAAUGGCAAUUCCAUCGGAGCCGCAGGGCUUAGAGAAAAAUUAUAUCGUUGUCGUUAUUGCGGUAAACAUUUCGCACACUCGGGCGAGUUUACCUAUCACCUCCGAAUUCAUACAGGUGAGAAACCGUAUCAGUGCAAAGUAUGUCUACGGUUUUUCCGUGGCCGUUCCACCAUGAUCUGCCACCUGAAGACGCACUCGGGUGCGCUCAUGUACCGCUGCACCGUCUGCGGGCUGUUUUUCUCCACACUUAAGAUGGUUUCUUCGCACAUGGAGGUCCAUAAAGACCAGCUGCCAGCCGAUUUUAACAUUGAGGAGACCUUUAUGUAUAACGACCACUCUAAAGACCCCGUCCCAAAUCUGGACACCUGAAAAACAGCUGAAAAUCUCUCCGUCACACUGUGUGCCCGGUUUACUUACUCAGUUUGUCGUUGAGGAUGAGUAGACUUAGAAUGUAAUAACUCCGUGUUUGGUGUGUUUGUGUCGUCGUGUGCAGAACCCUUUUUUUUUUUAAAGAUUAAAUUAAAGGCAGAUCUUUAUUUUAAGAGAUGUAAUGCUAAUACUUGACCACUUGAUGGCAAGAGAGACACAUUGGAAAUCAAACUUUUUUGAAAGCACCUUGUUUUUUUAAAUAUAUUUUCUCAUGCCUUCUUCUUUACAUUUUAGAGUCUCUGCAUAGUCAUAACUAAAAUAAACAUAUCAAAAGUAUCUUUUACUGUAGCUUUUCAAACUUUUGCCAAGAAUACAGUGAGUUGUUUGACCAAACAGCACUUUUUGGCUGCUUUUCAUUCUCUUAUCUGUUCUAACUCAUUCAUUUAAAGUGAAAUUUGUUCCUAAAAUAAGUUUAGGUCAUUAAUAUAAACACGGGUCAUACUUUGAUGGUUCAUUGGUUAAAUUUAUGUUACAUUGCAUCUACAUGUCAACUAAUUCUCUAUUUCUAACUAAUAGUUCACUGUCAGUUUAGUGAAAGUUGACAUGAACUUGCAAAGUUUCUUACAGUCAGUUGAAUAUCUGUUUGAAGGAGCAGUAUCAGCAAAUAUUAAGCAGACAGUCUACUAAUAGUCAAAUGGACCAUCAAAAUAAAAUAUAGAGCUAGCUGCCUUAGCAAGUGCAAUUUAAUCCACUAAAGAAGACAGUUUGUUUUGGUAAUCUUUGAUCAACGUCUGACCAUUUGCUUCUGUGUUUGGAGUGGCAGUCCUUCUGACUUCAACCACAUUAGUCUUAGCCACGCCCCUCUAACCAUUAGUUUGCUAUUUGUGGAUGAUGUGCAAAAAGAAAGCCCCGCCCCCUACUCAAUAUUCAGUUUUAGUUGGAAGUACAUCAACAUACUGAAAAAAAAAGUCUCAGCAACUUCCAAUUCAUACCAGUAACCAUAAACUACUAAAGUUUCAGCUAAAUCUGUACUGAUGGACUACUGAAGAAGAAAAGUCACCCACAUUGGAUGAGCUAGGGAGUUCAGAUUAACUCCAACAAAUUCAGCCAAACGUCUCCAAAGUCGCAUUUAUGUUUUAUCUCUUUAUUGGGCUAAGAAAAAUUUCAAAUAUGGUAACUUUAAUGACUUUUAUUACAAUAUAAUAUGUUUUUUAGACACAAAAGUCUUUUAAUAACGUCCAGUAACACUCCAUGGGUUUUAAUAUCUCAGUGAGUGGCCUAUAAAGGGUUAAUCCAACUCAUCUUUAACAGGAUGUCCAAGUGCUGAUGUGCAAUUACCUCUAUUUACUCUUCCGGCAGUCUUUCACAAUAAGCUAAGGCUCUAGAGAAGCACAAACGCAAGUGAGCGUUGAGAAUAAACCAACUUUGUUUCUACUUUUUCUGAUAAAUACAGCAGUGCUCUAGGUCAAGGAUAUAAAAAGGGUCACUUUUUAAAUAAAUAAAUAAAUAAAGGUACUUUUCUGUUACAGAAUAGCUGUUAUUUUUAUAGUAGUGUUAAGUAUCAUUUAGAAAUAGCAACUGGUUUUUGAGAUGCAGUACCAUAGAGUUUGUAUAGUCUGUUGUACAUAAAUAAUUUUUUAACACCAUCAAUGAACGUUAUUUGGAAAAUAAGGGAUUUAGACUGAGGUGCUAAUAUAUCAGUUGUUUCUUACGGCAGUGUUCACUUUCUCGGUACAUUUUAUGUUAGUUUACAUGUUUCAGUACAAACCGUGUUGUCAUGUGGGAAAGAAUAUAGGCUCUCUUCUGAAUGCUGAGAUGUUUUUCUGUACCAUUUCCAAGCAGUUAUAUGCCUUUUAUUCAGUAUGUCUCUUUUUUAUGUAUAAAUGGGACAGGUUUUAUUAUUACUGUACAUUUUAAUUUCACUUUAAAACCAGUUUGUCACACUGGUCCAUUCAUGACGUAAUGUCACUGGUCAACAACAACAACAACAAAGCGUGUUUUCAAAAUUAAUGGGACAGUGUUGUGAUAGCUUUAUUUGAAAUGUAGCACAGAAAAAUACUGGCUGAACAGAACAGCCUUAUAAAUUGCCAAGUGUUUUCAAAUAUUCCAUCACGUUUUAUCAAUCAGUCACUUUUUUAGGGCAAAAAAAUGCAUAUUAUAGUUUUUAUCAUGGUAUGUAGGAGACAGACAUCUUUAUCGACUCUCAUUUGUGUUAAAUUUCAGGUCCUUUUUGUACUAUAUUUUACUUUCAACAUAAAAUAAUUGCCUUAUAUUACUUGUGUUAUUUAUAUGAUUUAUAAAUCGGUUCAAAUGUCAGUAUCAGAAAUCUGUUUUACAACAGUUGUACUUGUGUUCUGAAUAAACAAACUGUACUUACAAAA